AUGACAACUGCUCCCAUCGACCAGAUGGGGUACUCGGCUCCUUCUCAGACUGAUUAUAGAUACGCAAAAAUGCGUGAAGCUACGGAACGCCGGAAAUUUGCUGUUCAGCAAAAGAAAGCAAAGAAGAGCAAAGGAUGCGCCGUUUCAGUGAAAACCAACGAGAACGCCAUGAAGGUCAAAGCGGCGAUAGCUAGGUGCUUGGAAUCUGAUGAGAAGAAGGAGAACCUACCAGGCCCCCGUGCUGAAAAGAAGCCAAUGAACAGCCCGACACCAAAUGUCAUGAAUCUGAAAGACUGGACUCCGUUUGAGUUGAAUCAGGAGCAACGUGACAACAUUGCUAUAGGUGUUUCUACUAUUGAAGAAGAUGAGGAGACAAAACAUUUCAUUGUUUCCCAAUGGAAUAUUCGUGGUGGACACGGUAUAAUGCCAUCGGGGACUGGAGAAGACACUAUGGUUUAUAUCAAAAGAGUCAGCGAAUCCCCAUUCCCUACCGUUGAAGAGUUCCAGAACCGGAAAUCACAGCUGGCGGAAGAAAUGUUGGAUGUUUACAUCAGAACUUGCAUCGGGAUGGUCUCACGUGUUCAGGGAAGAAUACCUGCAGACAGAGUGAGUGUCUUUGAGAGAAUUUGUGAGAUGUCUUUCGAUGAGAUGUGGAGAAAUUCUGGACAACCGAGACUCGAUAAGAUACUCAAUGAGGAAUUCGAUGUCAUCAGAAGACAACUGCUUCAAGAGUGUCAAGCACUUGUUUUUGCAAGCGGGAAGGAUGGAGUUAUCACUAUGGGGAGACUGGAGGAAAUGGUGAAUAGGCAAAAAGCUUAUGACACAGAGAAGAUCACGUCUACCUCGUCAACAUCUUCCAAGGAAUCCAAUGCAUGCAAAAAGUGUUUCCGUUCAAGUGAGAGAUGCAAUGAAGCUAAACUAGAGGCAAAACUGGCGCAAAAUAAGGCGGAGAAGUAUGAAAAAAAGGCGAAGAGGACUGAUGAAUUGGAAAGAAAAGUGAAGGAAAUGGAGAAGGAGAUGGAACAAAUAAAACAACAACUCUUCACCUACUCCAAAAAAGACGAAGAAAUCGAGACGCUCCGUGCCAGAAUCUUCAAGAAAACUGAGAUCGAAAAAGUGUUGAGAGCUGAGAAAAAUGAUCUCGAAUCGAUAAACCACCGCCUCGAACAACAAGUCUCCACUCUGAAACAGGAAAAUGAGCAACAGCGUCUUAGUGCUCCCCCGGCCCCAGUAGACACUGACUGGAGACAGAAGCUUCUGGAAUUUCAAAAGAUUAAGGAUGACUUCAGCAAGGAUAGACGAUUGGAACAAGCGAGGAGUAUGGUUGAGAGAUUGAUCUCCACUUCUGAUUGUGCUGAAACAGAGGAUCUUGCUAAGUAUGAGCUCAACCAACUGGAAGUGUCUACUCGGAUUCUAAUGGAAGCUCUGCAGUUGAAUAUUCAGAAAAUUGAGAGAACCCAUGACUGCUCGGAUCUCCUCCCACUCUGGGAUUUCCCCACCUUAUCCCAGGGAUUUCUGGAGAAAUAUCGACUUGAAAUGGAGAAAAAGCCGUUGGAGAUAUCAGAAGACACUCACUGUUUCAUUUGUUUCGAGAGAAAAAGAGAAGGUCAUCGGAUUCUGAGAUGCAAGGGAUGCAAGAAGGAGGUUCAUGAGGAGUGUGGUAUCAAAUGGCUCAUGGCUAACCCGACGUGCGCAUUCUGUCGACGAAAAAUGGUUGUUCUGAAGAGAAUUUCAGCUUGA